GCAAACCAGCGCGGCGGUUAUACUGGGUCUAGACGUCAAGUGUCAGACCAAUCUCGACCAUCCGUUUGUUACUAGGAUCGAGAGAGCUUUUAACCCAACGUUGUUCACGCUGAUUCCAAUACUCUUUCCACCAUUGGGCCCACUUUUUGAAAUGAUGGGAGCCAACAUUGUCUCUAAGGAGUCAUCUGAGUUCUUCAAGAAAGUGAUUCAUCAGUCUCUGGAAGGAGGAGACAGGAUACGACAGCGUGAGGGCAAAGGUGCCAAUAAGUAUAUAACUUUGGUGGAGCAGCUCUACGAAAACACAAAUGUUCCUGGAAGCGAAAAGUCUCCAGAAGAGGCUGGUAAACCCAAGAAACUUACCUACAACGAGUUUAUAGGAAUGAAUGUGCUUCAGCUGUCCGUAGGUAACGAAGCAACGACCACGAUCCUGACAUGCACCGCCUAUCAGCUUGCUCUGAGCCCUGAAGUUCAGGACAAAAUCAUCGAAGAGAUCGACAGGAAUGCGCCUAACCCCGAAGACAUUAACUACGACACAAUGAGCAAAAUGAAAUAUAUGGAGAUGGUGAUAUACGAGUGUUUUCGCCUUUAUCCCCCGGUCGUGUCAACCGACCGGGAAUGCGCAGAGACCGUAACAUACGGCAAGUACACUCUGCCGAAGGGAUUGGUGGUCCACAUCCCGGCUUAUUCAGUGCAACAUGAUGAGGAUCUUUGGCCAAAUCCAGAGGAAUUUCGACCCGAGAGGUUUAGCCCUGAGAACAAGGAUUCCGUCGAACCAUUGGCAUGGCUUCCCUUUGGUGGUGGUCCACGGGCCUGUGUCGCCGUGAAACUCAUCCUGCUCCUAAUGAAAGUCUUUCUGACUCGAGUUCUCCAAGAGUAUCGCUUCGAAGCUUGCCCCGAAACACCGGUGAGUUGGCAGGGGUUGGGCUGGGAUGAUAUUUAUACGUGUGUUCCCAAGACCGGUGUAAUCGGUUCAAGGGUGAGUCCAGGAGAGGAAGGUGAACUGGGGCCAUGUCUCCUCCCCCGAAGGGACAAAACUACUUUUGGAAGAAACAAAGGGCGGUUUUGCCAAAAAGUCUUAAAAUGUGCCUCACUGAAACUACUAAUUUACUGAAACUGUACAUCACUCAUCGCACAACGCCAGCAUUUUUGAAGGUGGAUUAGAAACGCACUGCAAUGCGGUUAUAACGCCAAAAAUGAAAUAUAUUAUUAUUGUCAGAAUCAGGAUUUCCAGGGUUUUGAAAAAAAUGGACUGUAUUUUAAAUAAUUCCAGACGACAUGGUCUGAGUCGGCGGAAAAAUAAAUCGAAGUUAUCUUACUUCCUCUAAUAUACCACAAGCACUUACAGAUUAAUGUAUUCCAUGUUAGUUUUAUGUAAGAUUUAUUCUAAUUUCUUUCCUCCUCUGACUUUACUGGGUUCAUACUCCGGUAAUCCGGUAAACAAAUGUAGCUGGCAUAAUAUGAAAAUUAUGACACCUGCUUACAUUAUUUAUUUGUUUACUAGUUUACGCCAUUUUAUUGCCAGCCAACUAGUGGAAAUUAGUGCGUUUCCGGCCAAGAUAGCGGAAAGUUUUCACACGCUGUGCGAAAAUACAAAUAUCCUAAAUCUAAAGGAUACAUACAUGUAUAUUUCAAAAUAACAAGAAAAACCCAGGGAUUCUGUUCCCGGAAGAUAAUUAAUAAUUAACAACAAAAAUAAAUAAGGGGCCUAGCUUGAAGAUGCGUUGAAGUUGGCGAUGACUUGUCUGGCUUCACUUGGCAAUAAGCCGGAGAGCUUGCAGUUAAAGGACUUGCAGUUCAAGGGGGCUUGAAUGAAUUCCGAGGACGUUGGCUACGUGUAGAUGGUGUGCAGAGCUCGAUUGCACAACCUCUCCUUAA